CGGAAGAGCUGUAGGAAGGAUGGAGCACUGUCUGCCUAACUCCCAGCAAUGCUGCUUGUCAGCACUUCAGGAGGGCAAAGUUUGCCAUCUGCCCACCCGUGCUUUCAGCAGUCUUGUGAGAUGUUCUUCAUUGCUCCAUUUUAUGGAUGAAGAAACCGAGUCGAUAAUAGCCUCUCUUGCCCUGCUAAGUAAGGCCUGCAACGCCCGCACAGGCUCGAGUUUGUGCAUAAUGUGCUUUUAUCAGGAGUUAUGAUUUCCCUCACGGAAAGCCAGCACCAUAGCCGACUUUCUAGACCUGGUUUCUUUAGUUCCACUCUUCGCCACUAAGGGCAGCGGAGACAGAGGCUGCGGGCUUUCCUCUGAACUCAAGGGGUUAAGGUCUGGGCCCGCCCCUUUCCCCGCCGGGCUGGCGGGAGUAUGAAUAGCCCCGCUCCCACUCCCGACUCGCGUUGCUCGGCUUCUCCUAGCCCCACCCCGUCAUUGUCCCCAUCUUGCCUUUUCUCCCUCCUCCUCAAAGUUUUGAGAGCCGCUGUCCUCUCCCGCACCCUGCUUCUUUCCGCCCUUGGUGGGUUUGACGAGCAGGAUGGAGGGCUGCCUGGGGGAGGAAUCUUUUCAGAUGUGGGAGCUCAAUCGGCGCCUGGAAGCCUACUUGGCCCGGGUCAAGGCGCUAGAGGAGCAGAAUGAGCUGCUCAGCGCGGAGCUCGAUGGUCUCCGGGCACAGUCCCGGGACUCCUCCUGGCGAGCCCGUGCUGACAAAGAGUUAGCAGCCCUGCGGGCUCUUGUCGACCAGCGCUGGCAGGAGAAGCACGCGGCCGAAGUGGCGCGCGACAACCUGGUGGAAGAAGUGGAGGGUGUGGCGGGCCGGUGCCAGCAGCAGCGGCUGGCUCGGGAGCGGAUGGCAGAGGAGGUGGCCCGCAGCCGGCGCGCGGUCGAGGCCGAGAAAUGCGCCCAGGUCUGGCUGAGCAACCAGGCUGCGGAACUGGAGCGCGAGCUGGAAGCCCUGCGCGCCGCGCACGAGGAGGAGCGCGCGGGCCUGAACGCACAGGCUACCUGCACCCGCCGCCGCCCCGCGCCCCCCCGCCUCCCCGGCGCGGUGCGCGGCUAUCAGGAGCGCGUGGCUCAUCUGGAGACGUCGCUGGGUCAGUCCUGCGAGCGUUUGGGUCAGGCUGUGCAGGGCGCUCGCGAGGGUCGCCUGGAAUUGCAGCAGCUCCAGGUGGAGCGCGGUGGCCUCCAGGAGCGCAGGGCAGCGCUGGAGCAGAGGUUGGAGAGUCGAUGGCAGGAGCGGCUGCAGGCCACUGAGAAGUUCCAGUUGAAGGUGGAAGCCCUGGAGCAGGAGAAACAGGGCCUGCAGGGCCAGAUCGCCCAGAUCCUGGAAGGUCGGCAGCAGCUGGCACACCUCAAGAUGUCUCUCAGCCUGGAGGUGGCCACGUACAGGACACUCCUAGAGGCUGAAAACUCCAGGCUGCAGACACCUGGCAGCAAUCCCAGGGCUCCCCUCGGCAUCCAGGACCCUAAACUGGAACUGCAUUUCCCUGGGACUCCAGAGGCCCGGCGUCUGGGACCUUUGCUCUCUAUCCUCAGUCCUGCUGCUCAUUCCCCACCCUUGCCUGAUACCCUUGAAACACCUAUGCCAGUCUUUCUGAAGAGCCAGGGAUUCCUCCAGGCCCGCAUGCCCACCUUAGCCAGCACUCCCAUCCCACCCACACCUCAGGCUCCCUGUCCUGCUACAGAUGUAGAGAGCAGAGCCCAAGAUGGCCCCCUAUACCUGCUGCAGCCAACGGCUAGGAGACAGCAGUCUCCAGAGGCCAUGUGGGCAGGAGCUAAGGAGGUCACCCCUGCCAGCGUUCUGCCAGAACCAGGAGAGCCUGGGACCAAUCAGCAAGAAGCCAGUACAGGCCAGUCCCCUGAGGAUCAUACCUCCUUGGCCCCACCACUCAGCCCAAACCACCCCAGUGUAGAGGCAAAACUCAGUGGGUCUAAAGUGUCCAGCAGAUUCCAAGAGGAAGGUGAAGGGCAAAUGUGGGAGCUGGCAGAGAGCAACACAGCUAUAGAGAUCAAAGCAGUAAGCAGUUUGCAGCAGGAAACAUGGCAAAAAGAGGGGGAUCCGCUCACAAAGGAACUCCAGGAUUCCCAGGGUCUUUUGGAAAAAGAAACUUCAAAGUCUCUGGAAGAGGAGAUUCAAGAGCCUCUGGUGACUCUGGAAAAACAGAGCCAGGAAACACAGAGAGUGGUCGAGGAGAAUCAAGAAUCUGGGAGGUUUUUGGAAGAAGAGAACGUAGAGACACUAAAAAGUCUAAAUCAGGAGAAUCAGGAGCUAUUGAAGUCCUUAGAAGAAAAGGAAGUAGAAGUAGUGAGACCCAUAGAAAAAGAGACUGUAGAACAUAAGCCUUCAGGGGAAGAGGGCCCACAGACAUUGCAACCUCCAGGAAAGGAGAAUCAGCAAUUAAUGAGGUCUCUUGAGGGUGACCUAGAGAUAUUUUUACAUCCAGAAAAGGAAAACAAAAAUUUGGUGAGUUCUCUAGAAGAAGACUUUGAAUCAUUGGACUCUAGAAAAGGAGCUCUAGAAAAAGAUGAUCAGAAGUCCCUGAGAUCUCAAGUAGAGAAGGAGGAGAUGUUGAUACCUAUAGCAAAAGAGAAUCAUGAGACUCUGAGGUCUCUAAAAGAUGAAAAUCAAGAGACCUCAAGACCUCUAGAAAAAGAGAAUCAGGAGCCACUGAUGUCUCUAGAAGAUGAGAAACAGGAAACAUGGAGACUUACUGAAGAAGAGACUCAGCAGCCACUGAAGUCUCUAGAAGGUCAGACAACACAGAGAUCAGAGUCACUGGAGUCCCUUGAAAAAUGCCAGGAAAUAUUUAGAUCUUCUGAAAAAGAAAACCAAGAGUUAAAGUUCCCAAAAGAUGAGAAUGUAGAGGAGGUGAGAUCUUUAGAAAAAGAGAAUCUAGAGUCACUGAAGACUGUAGAAGAAUACCCAGAAAUGUUGAAAUCUCUAGAAACUCAAAAGCCAGUGUGGUCUGGAGAAGAAAUGAAUGGGGGGGAAAUGAAACCUCUAGAAAAGGAAACUCAAGAACCACUAGAGUCUGUGGAAGACAACCAAGAGCCAUUGAGGCCCAUCGAAAAGCAGGAUCAAGACUCACUGAGAUCUCUGGGAGAAUGGAACCUAGAGAACUUGGGAUCCCCAGAAGACAUUGAUAAGGGAAGUCAAGAGUACCUGGAAGAGGAUGGGAAGUUGGAGAAGGGAGAGAAUCAAGAGUUGCUGAAGUCUGCGGAGAAGGGACAGGACCUGCCCCUCUCAGCAAGUAGACAGUGGCCAGGAGAUGUGGUGGUGGAAGACCAAGAGCAGGAUCAAGAAACACCCCCUGGGAAGGCUGGAUGGGACUGUGAGGAUGAAGAACUGGCUCACAGGGAGUUGGCUGGCUUUGCUGUGAAAGAGGCUUCUCUAGAGCCAGGACAGGAGCAGCUGGACACCUCAGGAGGGGUCUGGAACACAGAUGAGCAUCCACGGAACCAGGGGCCCAAAGACUGGGUCCCAGGCAAGGGUGCCCAUGAGGAGGAAGGUACCAAAGGCUCCCAGGACCCUGAAGAGCAGCCAGAGCAGGUGGGGGCUCCCCUGGGCAUGUCAGAGGUGAUGGGGCUGGUGUUGGAAGAUGAGGCCAGGAAUGCAGCCCUAGGGGGUGGCAUGGACUCCCCUGAGGCUGCCUUGGGGUCAGAGACAGCUGUGGGGGAUUCUGCUGCAGGGACAGAGCAGGAACAGGAGCAGGGGGCUGGAGGCCUGGAGGGCACAGACCAACUGGUCAGAGAGGAGGUGAUGGAGUCACCCUUGGGGGAGGACGGUUUAGCGUCAAAAAGGGUGCAGAGUUUGGAAGGACCCAGAAAGGACCUAGAGGAGUCAGUUGCUCUGGAGCCAGAGGUCUCUCCACUUUCAAGGGACUGGGAGGAAUCGGAACCGGAGGCCCCCUGGAGAGCAGAGGCAGUGUUCCCUGCUGAGACCUUGUGCCAGGAGGGCUGUGGUACCCCUCAACCAAGGUCCCUGGGACCAGAGGAAACUGAGGUGGAUGGACAACCAGAGAUACAGUCCCCCAGUCCAAAGGGCCUGGAGCCCUGGUCCCCCACCCCAGCCCCUGAAGAUGCCUCUGAGCCACAGCCCCUGGUUGAGGGGAGCCAGGAGGCUAGCUGGGGGCUGGAGGGCAGGGCUGAAGUCCUGGAAGAAGUAGACAGUGAGCAGGAGGAGCUAGAUUGUGGGGAGAUCCCCGAGGGCCUUCAGGACAAGGUGGGGGAGAGCAGAGAGGAGAGCGAGGCUGAGGUGGAUGACCUAGGGGAGACUCUUCCGGACUCCACUCCUCUGGGACUCUACCUCAGCUCCCCCACCUCCCCUGGGGGGGCCCUGGCUGGAGAGCAGAGGCCCUCCCCUCAAGGGGAGGCCAGAAAGGAAGGCUGGGAGCCAGCUGUCCUCACCUCAGGGCAUCCUGGGGCCCAGCAACCAGGGGGGGAAGAGAAGGAAGAGUUGGAAGAGGAGGAGAAAGAGGGAGAGGAGGAGGAGGAAGGAGAAGAGGAAGAAGAAGCGGAGGAAGAGGAGGAAGAGGGAACUAAGGAGGCAGAACGUGGCCACGACUCUGACCUCUCAGAGGAAUUUGAGGAACUGGGCACUGGGGCUUCUCUCCUUCCCGGGGUCUCCAGGGAGGUCACGGAGCCACUGGGUCAGGUGCCCCAGCCCCUGCUGGAGCCUGCAGCUUGGGACAGGGAUGGGGAAUCUGAUGGGUUUGCUGACGAGGAAGAGAGUGGGGAGGAGGGAGAGGAAGAGGAAGAAAAGGAGGAGGCCAGGAGGGAGUCAGGGGCUGGGUGGUGGGGGCCAGAGUCUUCUGUAGGAGGCCCUCCUCAGAGAGGGAAACUUCCAUCCUCUGAGACCGGGGAGGUCAGUGUCCCUGCGGAUGAGGGCUUACGGGGUGCUGUGGCCAAUGUCCCUGUGACUGUCCUGGAAUCAGAGUCCCAGGACAGCACUGAACCCUCAGGCUCAGGAGAGGAGUCUGAUGCUACCUCCUCAGAGAGAAAGAACCAAGUUCCUGGCCCCCUGGGAACCCUCAGUGGGGAGGAGGACCUGGGCCUGGAGGGAGGGGACACCCUCAGUGUCAGCGGCCAGGGUCCCAGCUUAAAGGAGGAGUUGGAACAUGUGAAUGGCGGGGUGGUGAAUGGCCUAGAGCAGUCUGAGGGAGUAGGACAGGGGGGCCCUGAGGGCGACCGAGGGAGCCCCUUGGAAGGGGAGGAGGGAAGUGCUCUGAAGACCCCAUGGGCAGGGGCUUCUCUUCACCUGGACCCGGGCCAGUUCCUGAGGUUCACUGAGCAGGAAGGAGAUGGGGAUUCCUGGUCCUCGGGGGAGGACUAGAGAAAGAGCUACCCCUCCCUAAGGAUGUGUGGGUGUUCCCAAGCCCCCUCCCCGCUCAGGGGCAGCGUCUUUAGCUUAUGAGCUCUUGACCUGUGGCUUCUGUGAGAGGCCUGGCUGGCCAAGGUGAAGUGUGGUGUAACCAAGGGACCCACGCCAGGAAUGGAGGCUGCAGGAGUGAAAGCCAGGCCCUCGGGCCCCACAGAGGGGGCAUCCUGCCUACAUAUCCCACAGGCUUUAUCAUACUACAUCUUUACAGUACGAGGCCCCUCUCCCUCACAUCCCCUUACCUCCCUGUGCCAUCAGCUAGAAAAGGCCUAGUUCUGAGGCUCCUUGCGGGGGAGGGGCUCGCCAGCCUGCCCCUCCUCACGGCACCUUUGUGGGGUGUCUGACUGGUGGCUUGAGAGGAUGGGUGUGGGGUGCCCUAUGUCCUGACCCCUUCCAGGUUAUGGCCUUGUUUGGCUCAUCCCUACCUGAAUAAAGUAAUGCCUCUGC